UUGGUACAGAUGGCGGCGGAACUCAGCAUGUGGUCACGUGUCUGUGACCUUCUCGUCACCAAACCGGACCUCAACCUCCUCGACAGGGAAGGUCUGUCAGUCCUGCACAGACUCGUCAUGUGUCCUGACAGCAGGUUCGACUCUCUUCUUCCGGUUCUUCUGGAAAAUGGCGCCGACGUCCACAUCAAGACCAAAAAGGGAGACACAAUCUUGCACCUGACUGCAAAACAUCAAAAGAUCACAAAAUCAGAUCCGCCUUUACACCUGCCAGACAGCAAAGACCAGGAUAAACGUGAGCAGGCUAAGACCAAGAUUUUGAAAGAAUAUCGCAGUCAAUGUGCUGAGUCCAAGCGUCAGUUACUAGCAAAGCUGAUUAGUUCUUGUCAGAAUUUAGACGAUCAGGAUGACUUAGGGAACACGGCGAUGAUUGUGGCUGCAAAAACCGACAACUGGGAGUUUAUGAAACUACUUCUGGAACAUGGAGCCCGCGCUGAUAUUGUUGACUUGUAUCAAAGAUCAGUGCUACAUAUACUUGCUACCAAACAAACUUUUACAGAUGCCUUGGCGUGUAGAAACCUUGUAACUCUCUGUUUGAGUAGAGGGGCUGAGGUGAACAGCCGAGAUGUGUACGGGAAUUCAGUGCUUCACCUAACUGUGCAGUCCAGACACUGGAUUCUGUUUGAAUUGCUGAUAGAUUGUGGAGCAGAACCUGGACAUGUAGAUAGUGAAGGCUACAACGUUUUCCACAGACUGGCCCUAACUAAAGGAGAAAACACAGAAAACAUAUGUUUAUUGUUUUCACUGAUGUGCUUGAGAUAUUCAUACCUAGAUACUUUGUGUCGAGCGGGUUACACAGUGUUGCACAUGGCUGCGAGUCAGCAGAACUGGACACUCGUCAGACACCUUGUGCAUCUCGGGGCCAACAUAAAUCUUUAUAACAAAGACGGCUUCAAUGUUUUACACAUCGUUGCCAUGACGACUACUUGUACUCGGAAAGGCGAGCAAAAUGUAACCAAUGAAUCAAUCGAGAACGACCAAACAGAGUUAUUAUCUGUCGUCGAUCUUCUCAUCGAAAAAGGAGCUGACAUUGAGAUAUGCUGUUCGGCGCUCCAUCUGGCGGCCAAACGGGAAAACUGGAUCAUGGUCAGCUACUUGAUUCAAAGGGGAGCAAACUUGAAUGCGAUGGACAGCAAGGGUUUGCAUGUAGUUCAACGACUCAUUCAGAGCAGAACUGAGACCUCGAACGGUCUUCUGCUUUUUCGUCUUCUUUAUGAAAAAGGUUCUUUAAGCAGCGUGCAGACUUCAUCUAACGAUUCGGUUCUUCACCUUGCUGCCCGACACGAGAAGUGGACGUUUGUUGACCACAUUCUGAGUCACCAGGGGGGAAAUGUGGACGAGCUGGACAGCGAGGGUUUCAGCGUCCUCCACAGAAUGACCGUCAGCAAAGGGAGAACAUUCAAGGAAGGAUGGCGGUGCUCUUAUGUCAGGUCUAUUGUGGGGACGUCUGCAGCUCUUGACAAAUAUCAAACUGUACUUUUCAUCCAUCGGGCUGCUGCUUCUGGAAAUAUCGAUGUUGUAGAUGUACUGUUCAACAGCUUUGAUGAUGUCAACAGCACAGACUGUAACGGUUUCACACUUCUUCACAAAGUGUCCCAGUGCUGUUCGUCAUCGUCAGUGGCUGUCAUUCGAGGUCUUCUCAUUAAAGGAGCAGAUAUAGACAAGAGAUGUCCAGGUGGGGAUACAGCACUUCAGUUGGCGGCUAAGAGUGGUAACUGGCUGGGUGCCGUACACUUAGCACAGUCUGGAGCGAGAACAGAUUCCCUUGACAACGAAGGGAUGUCUGUCUUACAUCGACUUAUUCAUUAUCUACACCUGUAUUCUAAAUCGCCAAAGAACAUCUUAACCGAAGAAAGUCUCGCCGUCUUACUAUUUAUUUUUACCCAAAAUGUGUUGACUAAUCAAAAAGAUCUCCAUGGCAACACUUUUCUGCAUCUGGCUGUCACCUAUAAACAGUGGCACUUGGCAGUAGGGUUGUUAACCAGAGGUGCGUCGCUCGGUGAACGAGAUUCAGAGGGAUACAUAGUAUUGCACAGACUUGCCCAGAUGCAGCCUUGCCCUAAAGAUGAGAUGGAAACCUGCAGCUUCUUGCAAAUGCGUUACAGUCAUCUAGACAUCCUUGAUUUCAUCGACGGAAGAGUUUUUAUCGACGCUCGUGAUCCCUAUGGUAACACAGCUCUUUUGUUGUCGGCGGAAAACAACAACUGGGACAUCUUCCAAAAGCUGUUAUUGAAAGACGCAAAUCCUUGUGUAAAGGGCUGCAACGGCGUAACACUUCUGCAUCUUCUGGCGAAAGCAAAAUGGAGUAACGAUGGACGGGGGAGCGAAGGUUUGCUUUGCCAACUUCUUAAAAACCUGAUCUUACAGAAUCUUGAUGUCAGUGCGCGAGACCCAGAAGGCAACACGCCGAUACAAGUUGCUGCUAAGCACGGGAACAUGGACAUGGUGGAGCGGCUCUUGGAGUUUCACGACAACGUCAACGAGACUGACAGCGAGGGCUUCACCUUGUUGUCGAGAGUCGCUCAGAGCUUGUCUCCCAGAUGUGAGGUCAUCGCCUGGCGCCUUUCUCGUAUGGAAACACAUUCCUCAAUAGCAAAGUGUUUUAUUCAAGACAUUUACUUUCAAGAUGAGUGUGCGAUUCAAAAGGAACUUUUGCUUCAGCUAUUUUCAAUGAAAACAAUUGAUAAAUUUGCACACGUACAUUUAGAGGGCAGAUCGUUACUGCAGAUUGCGGUCGCGGGAAGACUGUGGGGAUCAGUUGAAAAGCUACUUGAAGAUGGAGCAUACACUGAUCCUGAGCCUCUACUGGGAGAAUCUGUUUUUCAUGGCUUUGCAGACUGGGCCAUAAUGAAUAAGGAUGAUGAGAUGGUAUUGCGUCUCAUGCCUAGCGGUAACCUGAACAUAAACACACGUGACAGAGAUGGUGACACUCCGCUAAACAUCCUGGCAAAAUAUGAUCAGUGGGAGUUGGUACAGCGCUUUGUGGAGCGUGGAGCGGAUGUCAAUAUGGCCGACAAUGAAGGGUGGACAGUACUUCACCGACUAGCCAUGUUAGAUGUUUACUGGACUGAAGUGAGAGUUAAGCCAUCCAGUUUAUUACAAUUAUGCUGUGAUAAUGGUGCAGAUAUCAACAUGACCGGCGGUCAGAACAGUAGAACUGCUGUACAGAUGGCGCUGGACAGAAAUACGUGGACUAUUUUCUGGUAUCUGAUACAAUUAGGAGCACAACAAGACUGGACCGAAAAUGAAAAACAUCUGAUUCUUAGAAAUGUGGAUAGUUUACCAAAAAAGUGUGCUUUGAAUGAUAAUCUGACAGUUUUCAUAAGAUGUCUGAUAGAACAAAGCUCAAAUCGUACUUUAGUUCACGACAUAGCAAGUCACUCAACCGUGAUGUAUGCUUUACAAAACUGUUUAUGGUCUCGUAAAUGGCGCGUGGCCAAAGUCAUAGUUGAAUGUACUUCUGAAACGGAAAUGAACGACUUGAUCGCGGAGGGGACUUUGAUACAUGAUAUGGUGAUGAGAUAUAAAAAGAAAGAUCACGUGAUCUGGGUCUCUCUGCUGGAUGCGUUGCUUGAACGAGGCGUUGACAUCAACAGUCGAGACAGUUACGGCCAAACCGUGUUGACGGAUGACGCGGUUAUACGGAGCCUUGUGGACAACAACACACCGGACUCACUCUUCAGAGUUUUGCUCCAGCGAGGUAUCAACCCUAUAAAUGUAGACAGCAAUGGAUGCUCCUUGCUUGUGUAUGUUAUCAAUGAUGUUGUCCAAUAUAUGUUAACAUCAGUUAUCUCCCUUUUGGAACUAGGACUGGUCUCCCGUCAGAAUCACGAUGAAGAUGAAGAUGACGAUGAAGAUUUAGCCUCACCGACAAGACUGGCAGUUGAAACCAAAAACAUUCCUGCUCUGAAAAUCCUGAUUGAAUGCGACGUCAGCUGUAACUCCGAGCUCCGAGCCCUCAACGCCGAGUAUCAGCUGAAAAAAGUCCAAGACGCAGAGAGGAACGAACCCUCAGAUCGCCUCAAACAAAUCUGCUUGAUUCUGGAGCAGGCAGCCACUCAGCCCCGAUCUCUACAGUCUCUCUGUCGGGUCGCUGUAUGUCGCUGUAUACCGUGGGGACUGAGCAGACGAGACAUGGUUCAGUCCCUCCUCAUUCCCAAAGUGGUGCAAAACUAUCUGCUGUUUGCUGAUGAUAUCUCUCAUCCUGAUGUACAGGCAGGACUUAACGAGGAGGCCACACAGAUCCUGCACACUGAUGAUGACAAUGAUGAUUAUGAUGAGGACGAUGACGACGGACAGAGAAUGUCUCACGGACAGGAACAUUCAACAUGGAGUUCUGACGACGUUCACCUGGACAUCAUGGCUAGAAUUACUGAGACCUCGGUGAUGCUAAACUCUGCUGCUGAGGAUGGUAACUGGAAUCUGGUCAGAGAACUCAUUUCUAAUGAGCACAGUGUAGUAGUCGCUAUCCAGCAGUCUUGGUCUUGCCUGUUGCAGAAAUUUGCUUCCCUUACAAAACUUAGUUAUCAGCUUGUGAAAGACAUAUUAAAACAGAUAUUUUCCAAUAAGGAAAGCAGUCAGAAUCUCAAAGUCCAAGCAAAAAAUGCUGCCGUUGAGGCGGCAAGGUGUGGCAACUGGGACACCUUGAUAGUAUUUCUGUCUUCAGUAGAAGGUUUAUUGGAAGAUGACAGCAGCCUUCGGUCAGUAAUACUGACAAUAGCCGAUAGUCAGACUCUCAGGGAGAAACGUUACCUCCAUAUAGACGUUCUCAGUGCAGUCUGGAGAAAUUCAAAGCAGACGAUUCUGGACAGCACAGACAAGACAGUCCACAACACCCUGGUGCAGCUGGCGGCGGAACUCAACAUGUGGUCACGUGUCUGUGACCUUCUCGUCACCAAGCCGGACCUCAACCUCCUCGACAGGGAAGGUCUGUCAGUCCUACACAGACUCGUCAUGUGUCCUGACAGCAGGUUCGACUCUAUUCUUUCCCGUCUUCUAGAAAAUGGCGCCGAUGUUAACCUUAAGACCGCCAACGGAGACAGAGCUCUGCACCUGGACACCGAACAUCAGAAGUUACGCAAAUUUCAAUACAUUCUACGCCUUGCACACAUUAGUGAUGAGCAACACGGAGCAAAUCACGACAUUCGUGAUCAGGACAACAGCAAUGUUUUACACAGACUGGCUUUAGCUGACAGCAAACAUGUCGAAGAGGUUAUGUCUCUUUUUUCUCUUCUUCAAUCCCGAGGUGCAAAUAUAAAUGCAACAGGACCCAGUGGCAACACCAUCUUGCAUUUAGCUGCAAAGCAGAGGAACUGGACGCUACUUCAACACUUGCUGCACCUCGGAGCCGCCUGUAUAAACUCUCAUAAUGAAAAUGGUUUCACAGUUAUACACAUCCUUGCAUCUGACCCUGUGUUAGAAACUGAUCACACAAAGGUAUUGUCUAUCAUUGACCUUCUUCUCGAGAAAGGAGCUGACCUGUCUCUUCCCUGCUCACAGGGUAACACGGCGCUCCACCUGGCGGUCAGAUACGAAAACUGGGUCAUGGUCAAAUACUUAGUUCAGCGAGGGUUAGCCACUGAUGAUUUUUGGAUCAUUCAAAAGCUAAUUCAGUACAAAAAUGAGACCCAUGAGACAUAUCCCCUCUUUAGUCUUCUUUAUAAAAAGGGAUUCUCAAGUCGGGUCCGAAAUCCUGAUGACUCCCUUUUGCAACUCGCAGCCAAGCAUGAGAAGUGGGACAUUGUAGAACACAUCUUGAGGCACGAGGGAGGGAAUGUUAAUGAGUUAGACAGUGAGAGGUGCAGCGUUCUUCACAGAAUGGCUACAAACCGAGGAGAAGCGUUUAAGAAAGGUCAGAAUCAUCGUAAGGUCCUGUCUGUUUUGAAUAUGUCUUCAUCUCUCGACAAACAUGAAGUUUUCUUUCUUAUCCAUCGGGCGGCUGCUGCGGGGAAUAUAGAUGUCGUGGACAUGCUGCUCAACAACUUAGAUGAUGCCAACAUGGUGGAUUCUGAUAUGUUCACAGUUCUUCAAAGAGCCCUUUUAAGUUACGAAACUAGAGCCAACAUCCUCGACAACGAAGGUAUGACAGUUCUUCACAGAUAUCUGAGUCGGCCGGACGUGCCAUGUGGAUUGUGUUCUCAAAGUUCUCCAGAUAAUCUUCUGACCAAGAUCUUAAAAAACGAUGCGUUGAUUAACCAGAGAGAUCGCAAUGGCCAUACUCCCCUCCAUCUAGCUGUUAAGUUUGAACUUUGGGACAAGGUAGCUGCUUUGUUGGACAGUGGAGCUUGUGUUAACGAUAAAGACCAAUCAGGAUGCACUGCCCUGCACAUGCUUUCACAGCGCCAAGAUUCUCAAAAUCUCGGUUGUGAAAUGUGCAGAGGUUGGAAACUUCAUUUAGACAGGUCUGAGCUUUUUAUCGACAGUCAAAUCUUUAUUGAUGCUCGUGACGAAAGCGGUAAUACAGCGCUGAUGUUAUCAGCGAAACACAACAACUGGGACAUCACAGAGCGACUUCUACAAACAGGUGCUGACCCCUGCAUACUGGAUAGUAACGGGUUGUCUGUCCUGCAUGUUCUGGCUUCUGUAACUCCGAUAUACGGCAAUAGUUUUUUAACUCAGGAAAUGCAAACGAAUAUUCUGGAACUGUUAAUCUCACGUGGUGCUGACGUCAAUGCCUAUGACUCAGAAGGCAACACGCCGAUACAAGUGGCUGCGAAGCACGGGAACAUGGACAUGGUGGAGCGGCUCUUGAAGUUUAAAGACAAUGUCAACGAGACUGACAGCGAGGGCUUCACCUUGUUGUCGAGAGUCGCUCAGACCUCGUCUGCCAAAUGUGAGGACAUCACCACGCGACUGUUGGAGAAAGGUGCUGACGUCAACAGGACGUGUCCUGACAUCCAGACUUCAGGCACGACGACACCACUGUUACUAUCUGUCAACUCCAGUAACUGGCCAGUGACAUUAUGUCUGUGUAAUGCAGGUGCUGACAUCGAGGCGCUCUGCAGUUUUGACCAAAUUCUUCACCGACUUAUGCAUUCUAUUACUCCUGAUAAUAUCAGCAUUAUCCUACUGCUGAUAGGCCUUAUACUGGAGGAAAAUGAAGACGUUAUCUUUCAUCGAAGUUCGGAGGGCCAGUCAGUGAUGCAACUAGCUUUCAAUAAAAAACUAUGGGACAUUCUUUGUGAGCUUCGUUGGUAUGACAUACACCUGGAGCCAGAAGCGCUGGUGGGACGAGAUGUGUUCGAGUACCUGGCAGACUGGGCAAUCCGCUCGGAUGAUCCAGAUUGGAUUUUUUCCAUAAUACAGAAUAUUGAACGUACCUUUAACUUCAUUAACCUACGUGAUCGUAAUGGGAAUACUCCCCUUAACAUCCUAGCAAAAGACUAUAAUUGGUAUUAUGUCAAAUUAUUCGUCGACUGUGGAGCUGAUGUCAACAUGCCUGAUAUUGAGUCCUGGUUACCGUUGCAUAGAUUACUCAUGGCAAAGAGUGAAGACAAUGAUAGCUACUUAGAAGUUUGGGAUCUCCUACACGAGCUCACUAAACUAGACAUUGGGAACAUUUCAAUAGGAGGACGUACCCAAUCUUUGGAGAGACCCGUCAGGAGGACAUCGACGUCAAGUGCCAACAACCUGUUUGUGUGUGUGUUCAAUGCUCGCUCUGUUCGGAGAAAGUCCAGCCGUAUAAGUAACUUUAUCAAAGAGAAGCAGCUUGACAUCAUGUUCCUGAACGAGACUUGGUUAAAGAUCAGAGGGGAUGAGUUAGUACACGAUGAUCUGACCCCUGAGGGCUACUACAUGAAAUCCCGUCCCCGUCCAACCACAGGUGGGGGUGUAGCUGUCCUCUGGCGACGACACAUCUUAUGUCAGGUCGUCGAAUCCUUGCCCUUCUCCAUCACCAGCUUUGAAGUGAUCCAGUUCACGUUGACGGAUCCUGAACUCGUACAUUUUUUCUGCAUCUACAGACCUCCCCGAAGCCAGAAAAACAAGAACGCAGUUUUCUUUGAAGAAUUUCCCAAACUGUUAGACUGGUGUAAAGAGAUCCCUGGGAAAGUUGUCUUGCUUGGAGACUUCAAUUUUCAAUAUGACACACGAUCACAUUCCAUAUCAAUGUGUCGUCUAAUUUCCAGGUAUGGAUUUGAACAGGCGGUCGAACACCCAACACACACGUCAGAUCAUAUCAUCGACUGGGUGCUGCACCGACGUAAUGAGGAUAUAAUUAAGUCCUGUUCCGUGACAGACCGUCUCAAGUCUGACCAUUUUGCUGUUCUUUGCUUCCUGAACGUGCCAUCCCCGAAAUGA